UCUCUCAGUUGGCGUUCUCGGCUGCUUUCUGCCUUCUGCGCACAUUCUCAUCAUACUAUCGGAGGCUAACUGCAGAGGCUAGCUGUCAGUGACGUUCCUCAUCAACUCGUCGCUGUCUCCCGUCUGAGAUUUGUUUUCAUACUGUUCAUUUUAAUCCUUGGACAAAUAGCAAACCAAAGCACGACUCUCCCAUUAAGGACUCAUGUUGAAAAUGGGACCCAAGUGAUCAGAGGAGACAAUGGACUUUGAGGACGUAAGCUGGCCGAUCCUGGUGGCGCUUUUCUGCGUCUCAGUACUGGUUGUGCUCACAUGGCUUGUUCAGUUCUCGCAGGCUUUGCCAUGGUCCAGAAGAGGAGGCAGAGCAGCGCAGAGCAGAGAGACGCCAUGGCAGCUGCCGCUGCACCUUACUCACCACACGCUGACGGGAGGAGUGUGGGGUUUGCUGCUCAGGUACCGGCUUGGCCGAGGCGACUCUGAGGCCGGAGUCAAGGGGCUCCUGUCCUCACUUUUCACGUUCAGGUCAUUCAGAGAGCACUGUCAGCGAGCAUGGGUGAGAGCGCUCAACGAGCAAGCCUGCCGGCAAGGGAGCUCAAUUCAGAUCACCUUCGACGAUAGUGUUCAGCUCCCCGUUUCCGCAUCCAUCGAGCAUGUGACCUGCUCAGACCAGUCAGCACACAGCAUGGUUCUGCAGUGCAAAUGUUCGUUUGGCAUGGUGAUGUUUCCCGUAACGGUCACCCAGCAGUCACCAGCAGCCGUCUCCAUGGACACGUUCCAGGUUUCUAUGGAGCCCAUGCAAGCCCAGUUGCAGGUCUGCUUGGAGGAGGUGGAGAAAGAAGGUCUCCUGGUGUCCUGGAUGUUUUCCCAGCAGCCCCUGCUAUUGUUAACCCUAACACCUCGAAACAGAGUUCAGAGAGAGGACUCAGAGGUCGACUUGGAUAUGAUAUCAAAGCUGGUGGAGGAUACACUAUACGCCACACAGCCUGCAAUGAUCCUCAACCUGAGAGCAUGUGUCUCCAGUCCUGCUUUUCCACGAGAAAAACAAGAAGGGUGUCAAAACUCUCCACAGCAAAGUAACGUUAUCAAACGCCUUCUUGUACGCCAGCUCAAAGCCUCCAGGAUCAAAAAAGGUCCGCAGGAUCAUGUUGGGGAGCUGUGCUGCGUACUGAACCUGGACAUCCCAGGGCUGGAGAAGAGAACCCGCUUCCUCACACCUUCCUCCAACCCCAGAACCACGCUGGACUGGGGAGAGGAUGUUACACUGGAUUUGCAGCCAGAAACCAAAGAACUCAAAGUUAGACUAGUGGAGCGCAAUAGCAAAGGAGAGCAAUUCUUGCCAGGCCACGCAUGCUUAUCCCUGGAUAUCCCUAAGAGGAGUCCUAGUGGACAACAAAAGCUUUCCAUUACACCAGGUCACGGUCUGACACCGACGGCAACAGUCACCUUGGAGAUCCUGUACGUGGAGCUGAAUGACGUGCGUGGAUGUCAUAAUGCCACACCGCUCCGCUCCUCACUCACGCCGUCCAAAAAAGUGGAUGUGGACCGUACGAUCAUGCCUGACGGCACUAUCGUCACUACCGUCACCACCAUCCAGUCACGGCCGAAGCUGGACCGCAAACUAGGAGAUUCUCCUUCCAAGUCUCCAUCUAAGGUUGAGGUUACAGAGAAAAGACCGACAGUGUUGACGGAGAGCAUCCAGGGCCGAACCAGCGUCAGCCCCACAGCCAGCACAAGCCCCAUUUCAAAUGGGCUGGAUCCUGUAGCAGAGACAGCAAUCCGUCAGCUGACCGAGUCGGCCAGUAAGACCAUGAAGAAGACGCCCACUAAACGCAGCACCCUCAUCAUCUCUGGAGUGUCAAAGGUUCCGAUUACAGAAGAUGACUCUGCGCUGUCAGUGGGCUAUGCUGCAUCCAUGGACGCUGCUUUGCAGAGGGAGAAUUCUCCCUCAGGGGCCCCCAACCACCACGGAGCUACAGCACACCAGGACGCAGAUGAAACCACACCGUCAGAUGCAUCCGAACGGCCGUCUGUGGAUGACGUAGAGUCAGAGACGGGCUCGACUGGAGCACUCGAGACGCGCAGCCUCAAAGAUCAUAAAGUGGGCUUCCUCCGGAGCGGCACAAAGCUCUUGUUCCGCAAGAGACACAGACAGAAGAACUCGAGUUUCAGCCAGUCUCACGAGGACGUCACUAACCUGGACAAUGACCCGUCCACGGCUUCCUGUUCCUCCAGCGGGCGCAAGAAAUCCGGAAGCUUCUCCCGCCGCCUCAUCAAACGCUUCUCCUUCCGCUCAUCUAAAAGCAAAGGCAAAAACAGUUCUACAAACGGAGGAGCCAGUGGGCUCGACAACUGAAACACAGAAAGCGGAAAGACAUGGUGCAGGCGCCAGUCAGAAGACGUUUAGAAGAUUUAAUAAAAAAUAAGUUAAUUAAGAAAAUAAGUCCUUGAUUAGGAUUAGUGGUGUUUGUUUAUCUCAAAGCCUUUUUAUGAGACACAAAAGGCUGCAUUUUGACCCUUUGUGCUUGACCCAACCGAUGAGGACCGAUGGCUCAGGCUGAAAUCUCAUAUAUGGGGCAAACAAAGGGUUUGUGAAUUUCUGAAAGACUUUUGAUUGUCUAAAUGGGUUAUUUAAUAAAAUACUUUAAAUGGCUGCUUUUCUCAAUAAUAAGGAAGAACACCAGUAGAAGAGUGAAAUGCUGUUUCAUAUGUUCAGCACAAGGGGGCGAUGUGACUCAAUCCUCAUCAAAGCCUCCAACUUUAUGUUGCUAUGUAUUUUUAUUAUUUAUUUUAAUUUCCAUCGGCUGCACUUUGGGACUUUCUCAGAUUGUUUACAGUGCCGGGGAGCAUCUCAUGAUGUUUUAUCACUUUGUGUUUUGUAAGUUCAUAACACUAAAUUAUUACUUCUUUUCAAACUGGGAGAUUCUCAUAUAUUUCAUCAUAUAUUACAUAUGAUGGAGCUUGUACUGUGUGCUUAGUUGUUUUGCUGUAGUUAAUGGCAAUUUAGAUCAGAUAUUAAGCUGUUUUUUCAUAUAGUGCUACUUAUUUGCCUUUUAUUGUAGCACAGUCUUGAUUUUUAAUAUUUAUUUGUGAACAAAAAAAAUGUUUAUGGGAAAUUUUUGCUUGUUAAGUUAGGACAGGUGAUGGAGAUAAACUAAGUGAAGUGAUCUAUGUUUAUUCUUAAAUUACAAUUACUUAUAUUUACAUUAAGUUGAAAAAUAUUUCAGGGUUCGUGCAUAUGAAAAAACCUCAGGGGACAUUGUUAAUGGUUUGUGCAAAUAAUUUCUCUUUUUCAUACCACCCCUAGAACACGCUCCUAAUUUAAAUUUUUUUUUUUAAUUUUUCUUUUUCUUUUUCUUUUCUUUUCUUUUCUUUUCUUCCUUCCCUGCAAUAACCCCCAACCCCCUUCCUUGCUUGGAUAACUGAGAGAACCUGGCCUAAAUAUGUGUAAAUAGUGCUGAUUAAAUGAGAUUGCUUUAAAGUGUAAAUAGGUUUUCAGUUGUGGCGAGAAGCCGGUUUCAAAAUUGUCAUUUAAAUUAGCUUUGCAACUCAGUCGACACCCUUUUACAGGGACGGUUUAAUUCUUACUUGCACCAGACAAAAAAAAAAAGAAGGAAAAUUUAGCUAUAGGUAUAAUUUGUCAGACUUAGUAAAGUGAAUUAGAUCUUGUUCUUUCUUUAUGCUCUUUGACUUCACACCCACACGUUCCGUUGCAUGGCCUCGUUCAUGAAAGAGUUCUCAUAAAAUCGUUUAAAUGUCAGAAAUGUUUUGAAUUUGUUUGUAUAACGCCAGGCUGUGCGGUUUUCUUUUCCAGUAUCGUCUCUGCUGAAGGUGUGAAUUCAAAAAUGUUUAAAAAUCACAAACUUACACUACCGUAGGAGGCUGUUGUUUUUUCUUAAAUAAAAGAGAUGAAAGUCCCCUCUGAUAGUUGGAGCUUUAUAUUACCAAUGUUUAAUUUAUUCUGAAUAAAUUAUUUUUUUGAAAA